AUGGAUUGCACGCGCAGAGCAUGCAUUGCCUCCCUUACAGCCUUCUCACAGAUCUCCCAGAGGGCUGUCUCUUCGGGAUCUGCCCCCCGAGGGCUGCUCACAGAUCUCCCAGAGGGCUGCUCACAGAUCUCCCCGAGGUCUGCUCACAGAUCUCCCAGAGGGCUGCUCACAGAUCUCCCCGAGGCGAUGGCAGAUGAGAGGCAGUGCUCCCAUGCUGUCGUGCAGUACGUGCUGAAGAUGCUGGGCCUGGACGUGUGUGCUGAUACCAUGGUAGGAGACAGCAUGCGCCGAGGCGUGUCAGGCGGGCAGAAAAAGCGGGUUACCACUGCCGAAGCACUCCUAGGCGCGAAGCAAGUGCUCCUAUUGGACGAGAUCUCCACCGGUCUCGAUUCCGCCACCACUUACCAGAUCACCCGAUGCCUGUGCAACCUCACGCACUUAACUAAUACCACCACCCUCAUCUCCCUGCUGCAACCGGCGCCCGAAACCUUUGAGCUGUUUGAUGACGUCAUGCUGAUGUCAGAGGGGCGGAUUGUGUACCAUGGGCCCAGGGAGGAGGUGCUGGGAUUCUUCCGGGAAAUGGGGUUUGCGCCGCCCGCCCGCAAGGGAGUGGCUGAUUUUCUGCAAGAGAUCUGCAUUGACAUCCCUUGUCACACAUCCCUCGUCGCACAUCCCUCGUCGCACAUCCCUCGUCGCACAUCCCUCGUCGCACAUCCCUCGUCGCACAUCCCUCGUCGCACAUCCCUCGUCGCACAUCCCUCGUCGCACAUCCCUCGUCGCACAUCCCUCGUCGCACAUCCCUCGUCGCACAUCCCUCGUCGCACAUCCCUCGUCGCACAUCCCUCGUCGCACAUCCCUCGUCGCACAUCCCUCGUCGCACAUCCCUCGUCGCACAUCCCUCGUCGCACAUCCCUCGUCGCACAUCCCUCGUCGCACAUCCCUCGUCGCACAUCCCUCGUCGCACAUCCCUCGUCGCACAUCCCUCGUCGCACAUCCCUCGUCGCACAUCCCUCGUCGCACAUCCCUCGUCGCACAUCCCUCGUCGCACAUCCCUCGUCGCACAUCCCUCGUCGCACAUCCCUCGUCGCACAUCCCUCGUCGCACAUCCCUCGUCGCACAUCCCUCGUCGCACAUCCCUCGUCGCACAUCCCUCGUCGCACAUCCCUCGUCGCACAUCCCUCGUCGCACAUCCCUCGUCGCACAUCCCUCGUCGCACAUCCCUCGUCGCACAUCCCUCGUCGCACAUCCCUCGUCGCACAUCCCUCGUCGCACAUCCCUCGUCGCACAUCCCUCGUCGCACAUCCCUCGUCGCACAUCCCUCGUCGCACAUCCCUCGUCGCACAUCCCUCGUCGCACAUCCCUCGUCGCACAUCCCUCGUCGCACAUCCCUCGUCGCACAUCCCUCGUCGCACAUCCCUCGUCGCACAUCCCUCGUCGCACAUCCCUCGUCGCACAUCCCUCGUCGCACAUCCCUCGUCGCACAUCCCUCGUCGCACAUCCCUCGUCGCACAUCCCUCGUCGCACAUCCCUCGUCGCACAUCCCUCGUCGCACAUCCCUCGUCGCACAUCCCUCGUCGCACAUCCCUCGUCGCACAUCCCUCGUCGCACAUCCCUCGUCGCACAUCCCUCGUCGCACAUCCCUCGUCGCACAUCCCUCGUCGCACAUCCCUCGUCGCACAUCCCUCGUCGCACAUCCCUCGUCGCACAUCCCUCGUCGCACAUCCCUCGUCGCACAUCCCUCGUCGCACAUCCCUCGUCGCACAUCCCUCGUCGCACAUCCCUCGUCGCACAUCCCUCGUCGCACAUCCCUCGUCGCACAUCCCUCGUCGCACAUCCCUCGUCGCACAUCCCUCGUCGCACAUCCCUCGUCGCACAUCCCUCGUCGCACAUCCCUCGUCGCACAUCCCUCGUCGCACAUCCCUCGUCGCACAUCCCUCGUCGCACAUCCCUCGUCGCACAUCCCUCGUCGCACAUCCCUCGUCGCACAUCCCUCGUCGCACAUCCCUCGUCGCACAUCCCUCGUCGCACAUCCCUCGUCGCACAUCCCUCGUCGCACAUCCCUCGUCGCACAUCCCUCGUCGCACAUCCCUCGUCGCACAUCCCUCGUCGCACAUCCCUCGUCGCACAUCCCUCGUCGCACAUCCCUCGUCGCACAUCCCUCGUCGCACAUCCCUCGUCGCACAUCCCUCGUCGCACAUCCCUCGUCGCACAUCCCUCGUCGCACAUCCCUCGUCGCACAUCCCUCGUCGCACAUCCCUCGUCGCACAUCCCUCGUCGCACAUCCCUCGUCGCACAUCCCUCGUCGCACAUCCCUCGUCGCACAUCCCUCGUCGCACAUCCCUCGUCGCACAUCCCUCGUCGCACAUCCCUCGUCGCACAUCCCUCGUCGCACAUCCCUCGUCGCACAUCCCUCGUCGCACAUCCCUCGUCGCACAUCCCUCGUCGCACAUCCCUCGUCGCACAUCCCUCGUCGCACAUCCCUCGUCGCACAUCCCUCGUCGCACAUCCCUCGUCGCACAUCCCUCGUCGCACAUCCCUCGUCGCACAUCCCUCGUCGCACAUCCCUCGUCGCACAUCCCUCGUCGCACAUCCCUCGUCGCACAUCCCUCGUCGCACAUCCCUCGUCGCACAUCCCUCGUCGCACAUCCCUCGUCGCACAUCCCUCGUCGCACAUCCCUCGUCGCACAUCCCUCGUCGCACAUCCCUCGUCGCACAUCCCUCGUCGCACAUCCCUCGUCGCACAUCCCUCGUCGCACAUCCCUCGUCGCACAUCCCUCGUCGCACAUCCCUCGUCGCACAUCCCUCGUCGCACAUCCCUCGUCGCACAUCCCUCGUCGCACAUCCCUCGUCGCACAUCCCUCGUCGCACAUCCCUCGUCGCACAUCCCUCGUCGCACAUCCCUCGUCGCACAUCCCUCGUCGCACAUCCCUCGUCGCACAUCCCUCGUCGCACAUCCCUCGUCGCACAUCCCUCGUCGCACAUCCCUCGUCGCACAUCCCUCGUCGCACAUCCCUCGUCGCACAUCCCUCGUCGCACAUCCCUCGUCGCACAUCCCUCGUCGCACAUCCCUCGUCGCACAUCCCUCGUCGCACAUCCCUCGUCGCACAUCCCUCGUCGCACAUCCCUCGUCGCACAUCCCUCGUCGCACAUCCCUCGUCGCACAUCCCUCGUCGCACAUCCCUCGUCGCACAUCCCUCGUCGCACAUCCCUCGUCGCACAUCCCUCGUCGCACAUCCCUCGUCGCACAUCCCUCGUCGCACAUCCCUCGUCGCACAUCCCUCGUCGCACAUCCCUCGUCGCACAUCCCUCGUCGCACAUCCCUCGUCGCACAUCCCUCGUCGCACAUCCCUCGUCGCACAUCCCUCGUCGCACAUCCCUCGUCGCACAUCCCUCGUCGCACAUCCCUCGUCGCACAUCCCUCGUCGCACAUCCCUCGUCGCACAUCCCUCGUCGCACAUCCCUCGUCGCACAUCCCUCGUCGCACAUCCCUCGUCGCACAUCCCUCGUCGCACAUCCCUCGUCGCACAUCCCUCGUCGCACAUCCCUCGUCGCACAUCCCUCGUCGCACAUCCCUCGUCGCACAUCCCUCGUCGCACAUCCCUCGUCGCACAUCCCUCGUCGCACAUCCCUCGUCGCACAUCCCUCGUCGCACAUCCCUCGUCGCACAUCCCUCGUCGCACAUCCCUCGUCGCACAUCCCUCGUCGCACAUCCCUCGUCGCACAUCCCUCGUCGCACAUCCCUCGUCGCACAUCCCUCGUCGCACAUCCCUCGUCGCACAUCCCUCGUCGCACAUCCCUCGUCGCACAUCCCUCGUCGCACAUCCCUCGUCGCACAUCCCUCGUCGCACAUCCCUCGUCGCACAUCCCUCGUCGCACAUCCCUCGUCGCACAUCCCUCGUCGCACAUCCCUCGUCGCACAUCCCUCGUCGCACAUCCCUCGUCGCACAUCCCUCGUCGCACAUCCCUCGUCGCACAUCCCUCGUCGCACAUCCCUCGUCGCACAUCCCUCGUCGCACAUCCCUCGUCGCACAUCCCUCGUCGCACAUCCCUCGUCGCACAUCCCUCGUCGCACAUCCCUCGUCGCACAUCCCUCGUCGCACAUCCCUCGUCGCACAUCCCUCGUCGCACAUCCCUCGUCGCACAUCCCUCGUCGCACAUCCCUCGUCGCACAUCCCUCGUCGCACAUCCCUCGUCGCACAUCCCUCGUCGCACAUCCCUCGUCGCACAUCCCUCGUCGCACAUCCCUCGUCGCACAUCCCUCGUCGCACAUCCCUCGUCGCACAUCCCUCGUCGCACAUCCCUCGUCGCACAUCCCUCGUCGCACAUCCCUCGUCGCACAUCCCUCGUCGCACAUCCCUCGUCGCACAUCCCUCGUCGCACAUCCCUCGUCGCACAUCCCUCGUCGCACAUCCCUCGUCGCACAUCCCUCGUCGCACAUCCCUCGUCGCACAUCCCUCGUCGCACAUCCCUCGUCGCACAUCCCUCGUCGCACAUCCCUCGUCGCACAUCCCUCGUCGCACAUCCCUCGUCGCACAUCCCUCGUCGCACAUCCCUCGUCGCACAUCCCUCGUCGCACAUCCCUCGUCGCACAUCCCUCGUCGCACAUCCCUCGUCGCACAUCCCUCGUCGCACAUCCCUCGUCGCACAUCCCUCGUCGCACAUCCCUCGUCGCACAUCCCUCGUCGCACAUCCCUCGUCGCACAUCCCUCGUCGCACAUCCCUCGUCGCACAUCCCUCGUCGCACAUCCCUCGUCGCACAUCCCUCGUCGCACAUCCCUCGUCGCACAUCCCUCGUCGCACAUCCCUCGUCGCACAUCCCUCGUCGCACAUCCCUCGUCGCACAUCCCUCGUCGCACAUCCCUCGUCGCACAUCCCUCGUCGCACAUCCCUCGUCGCACAUCCCUCGUCGCACAUCCCUCGUCGCACAUCCCUCGUCGCACAUCCCUCGUCGCACAUCCCUCGUCGCACAUCCCUCGUCGCACAUCCCUCGUCGCACAUCCCUCGUCGCACAUCCCUCGUCGCACAUCCCUCGUCGCACAUCCCUCGUCGCACAUCCCUCGUCGCACAUCCCUCGUCGCACAUCCCUCGUCGCACAUCCCUCGUCGCACAUCCCUCGUCGCACAUCCCUCGUCGCACAUCCCUCGUCGCACAUCCCUCGUCGCACAUCCCUCGUCGCACAUCCCUCGUCGCACAUCCCUCGUCGCACAUCCCUCGUCGCACAUCCCUCGUCGCACAUCCCUCGUCGCACAUCCCUCGUCGCACAUCCCUCGUCGCACAUCCCUCGUCGCACAUCCCUCGUCGCACAUCCCUCGUCGCACAUCCCUCGUCGCACAUCCCUCGUCGCACAUCCCUCGUCGCACAUCCCUCGUCGCACAUCCCUCGUCGCACAUCCCUCGUCGCACAUCCCUCGUCGCACAUCCCUCGUCGCACAUCCCUCGUCGCACAUCCCUCGUCGCACAUCCCUCGUCGCACAUCCCUCGUCGCACAUCCCUCGUCGCACAUCCCUCGUCGCACAUCCCUCGUCGCACAUCCCUCGUCGCACAUCCCUCGUCGCACAUCCCUCGUCGCACAUCCCUCGUCGCACAUCCCUCGUCGCACAUCCCUCGUCGCACAUCCCUCGUCGCACAUCCCUCGUCGCACAUCCCUCGUCGCACAUCCCUCGUCGCACAUCCCUCGUCGCACAUCCCUCGUCGCACAUCCCUCGUCGCACAUCCCUCGUCGCACAUCCCUCGUCGCACAUCCCUCGUCGCACAUCCCUCGUCGCACAUCCCUCGUCGCACAUCCCUCGUCGCACAUCCCUCGUCGCACAUCCCUCGUCGCACAUCCCUCGUCGCACAUCCCUCGUCGCACAUCCCUCGUCGCACAUCCCUCGUCGCACAUCCCUCGUCGCACAUCCCUCGUCGCACAUCCCUCGUCGCACAUCCCUCGUCGCACAUCCCUCGUCGCACAUCCCUCGUCGCACAUCCCUCGUCGCACAUCCCUCGUCGCACAUCCCUCGUCGCACAUCCCUCGUCGCACAUCCCUCGUCGCACAUCCCUCGUCGCACAUCCCUCGUCGCACAUCCCUCGUCGCACAUCCCUCGUCGCACAUCCCUCGUCGCACAUCCCUCGUCGCACAUCCCUCGUCGCACAUCCCUCGUCGCACAUCCCUCGUCGCACAUCCCUCGUCGCACAUCCCUCGUCGCACAUCCCUCGUCGCACAUCCCUCGUCGCACAUCCCUCGUCGCACAUCCCUCGUCGCACAUCCCUCGUCGCACAUCCCUCGUCGCACAUCCCUCGUCGCACAUCCCUCGUCGCACAUCCCUCGUCGCACAUCCCUCGUCGCACAUCCCUCGUCGCACAUCCCUCGUCGCACAUCCCUCGUCGCACAUCCCUCGUCGCACAUCCCUCGUCGCACAUCCCUCGUCGCACAUCCCUCGUCGCACAUCCCUCGUCGCACAUCCCUCGUCACAUCAUCCGGUGUCUCCUUGCCUCUUAUUCCCCGCAUCUUCUCUUUCCUCCUCAUCCCCACAUCCUUUCACCCUUCCUUCUCACAUCCUUUCACCCUUCCUUCUCACAUCCUUUCACCCUUCCUGCUCACAUCCUUUCACCCUUCCUUCCGACAUCCUUUCACCCUUCCUUUCCACAUCCUUUCACCCCUUUCCACUCCCUCCAACCCCUCUCUGGCAGAUCCUCCCCCUCGCUAUAG